AAUGAAUGGUAGGGAAUGAAAUUCCGGGAAUAUCCGAAGUCGUAUAGAUACCAGUGUGAUUUACCUGAAAUCCCAGCAUCUUAUAAAAGUAUUCAACACUACUUAAAAAUUGCUCAGGAGCAUGAUUCGCGAGAUCCAGUGGUCAGCUAUUGGGCACGAUUAUAUGCUGCUCAAACUGCACUUGGCUUAAGCAGAAAAAAAACACCAGAGGAGACUGCUUUUCUCAUAAGCUUAAUGAAUUGGCUAGAAGAAACCAAGAAAGAAUUACGUGACAACGAAGCUAUAACAAAUGAAGUGGCAGCUCAAGCUCACCUGGAGAACUGGGCAUUAAAAUUAUUUUUAUAUGCAGACAAAAAUGAUCGAGCCUCCAAUUUUUCUAAAAAUGUAAUCCAAAGUUUUUAUACUGCUGGAAUGUUGUACGAUGUUAUUACAAUAUUUGGAGAACUGACUGAGGAAGCGGCACAGAAUAGAAAAUAUGCAAAAUGGAAAGCUUCCUACAUUCAUAAUUGUCUUAAAAACGGCGAAACACCAGUUCCAGGACCACUUGAUCAAAAUAAUGAUAAUCCUGCAGAACCUGAAAAUAAAGAUGAUUUCGAAGAUUUGAAUCAAAACGAAUCGAAUGUUGAACCUAAGGUUGAAAAUGAAACAGUAGAACCUUCAUCGGAUCAAGAAAACGAAGCAAUCGAAGGAGAUACAAAUGAAGAAGCAAAUGUCAGGCCACCAGCUGAUAACUCUGAAUUUUCUUCAGUUCCGCAUUUCACAAAUUCAGCAGAUGUUCCUUCAACUCCACAAACUCCAAGUGUACCUUCUUCUGAGAGCAAUAUCUUUAAUCCUACACUCACUCCAACCACCCCACCUAUAAUGCCGGAUUACUCGUCAGUACCGCAAACAGGUGCAACAACAACAGGAAAUGUCAAUUUAAGUUCUGAGCAAAUGCUUAAAGCUCAAAAAUAUAUCAAAUGGGCUGGCAGUGCGAUCAAUUACGAGGAUAUAACGACAGCUGUUGAAAAUCUUCAAAAAGCCUUACAUCUUUUAACCACUGGUCAAGACACUUAAGUAUUAUUGCUUAAAACGUAUUUCAUAAAUAAAUAUAAGUAUUUAAAAUUAUUUUUUCAAAUAAUAAAUAUAUAGUCUGCCUA